CGGGCGUUUCCCAAUGAGCUAAACUCAUGUGACAGUCCUCUCAUUUUGGAGCGCGGCGUCGCCACUCCCUUUGAAGGCGCGGGGCUCCUGCAAGGGCCGUAUGGCCUGGAGUCUUUGCGCGCUGGCCUUGACCCUGGUGGAGGGCAAUGAGCUGACGCCGGACGACCUGAAUAUAGCCAAGGUGUUCCUGGACCUGCACGUCUUCAACGGCACGCUGGAGCCCACCAGGUCGCCCAUGGGCGAGAUGGUGUUUAUGUCCAGCGCUGAGAAGGCAAAGGCGCAGGGCCUUGCGUGGCCUGUGAACUGGCCCACGCUGUGCUUCCUGGGCCUGGGGAGCGCUUCCGUGGAGCUCUUCAUCGCUCUGACGCGGCUCUUUCCUGAGCUCCAGAUCGUACUCCUCGAGGUUCAGGACCCGAGGUACCUGGCGGUGGCGGCCAAGGAGCUCCUGGUGGAUGCGCGGCACUUCGCCCUGCGCCCAAGAGGGACGGGA